UGUACUGACAACUCCAUGCAGUUCGGAACCAGAGCGACUCCAGCUGAACCAGGGUUCAUGGGAACAUGGCAAAACGCUGAUACUAACCUCUUAUUCAGAAUGUCCCAACAGGUCCCAGUGGCAUGUGCUGGCAGAGUGCUGGGUGCAGACUUCUGCCCAAACCUGGAGGAGCCAGACCAGAGGCUGGAAGUCCAGGCCAUCCGCUGCACACUGGUGAACUGCACAUGUGAGUGUUUCCAGCCGGGGAAGAUUAACCUGAGGACUUGCGAUCAGUGUAAACAUGGCUGGGUGGCACACGCCUUGGACAAGCUCAGCACGCAGCACCUGUACCACCCCACCCAGGUGGAGAUCGUGCAGUCCAAUGUGGUGUUCGACAUCAGCAGUCUGAUGCUCUACGGCACGCAGGCGGUGCCCGUGCGGCUCAAGAUCCUACUGGACCGUCUGUUCAGCGUCCUGAAGCAAGAGGAGGUGCUCCACAUCCUGCAUGGCCUGGGCUGGACGCUGCGCGACUACGUCCGGGGGUACAUCCUUCAGGAUGCUGCCGGCAAGGUGCUGGACCGCUGGGCCAUCAUGUCUCGAGAAGAGGAAAUCAUCACCCUUCAGCAGUUUCUGCGGUUCGGAGAAACCAAAUCCAUCGUGGAGCUGAUGGCGAUUCAGGAGAAAGAAGGGCAGGCCGUAGCUGUACCAUCUUCAAAGACAGACUCAGACAUCAGAACUUUCAUUGAGAGCAAUAAUCGCACCAGGAGUCCUAGCCUCCUCGCCCAUCUAGAGAACAGCAACCCUUCCAGCAUUCAUCACUUUGAAAACAUCCCCAACAGCCUUGCCUUCCUACUGCCAUUCCAGUACAUAAACCCGGUCUCAGCCCCGCUGCUAGGAUUGCCUCCAAACGGGCUGCUGUUAGACCAACCAGGACUGAGGCUGCGGGAGCCCAGCCUUUCAACCCAGAAUGAAUAUAAUGAGAGCAGUGAGUCUGAAGUCUCCCCCACGCCCUAUAAGAACGAUCAAACACCCAAUAGAAAUGCCCUGACCAGCAUCACUAACGUGGAGCCCAAAACCGAGCCAGCCUGUGUGUCCCCCAUUCAGAAUUCCGCCCCAGUCAGUGAUCUGUCCAAAACUGAACACCCGAAGAGCUCAUUCCGGAUCCACCGGAUGAGAAGGAUGGGGUCAGCCUCCCGGAAGGGAAGAGUGUUCUGUAACGCGUGUGGGAAGACGUUCUAUGACAAAGGUACUCUCAAAAUCCAUUAUAAUGCCGUUCACCUGAAGAUCAAACAUCGGUGCACCAUUGAAGGCUGCAAUAUGGUCUUUAGCUCCCUCCGCAGCCGGAACCGCCACAGUGCGAACCCUAACCCUCGCCUUCACAUGCCUAUGCUAAGGAACAACCGAGACAAAGAUUUAAUCCGGGCCACGUCCGGGGCCGCCACCCCCGUCAUAGCAAGUACAAAAUCGAAUCUCACACUCACGAGCCCUGGCCGGCCCCCAAUGGGUUUUACCACUCCCCCACUAGACCCCAUGUUACAGAACCCUCUCCCUAGCCAGCUGGUGUUCUCUGGACUAAAGACUGUCCAACCAGUUCCUCCAUUUUAUAGAAGUUUACUCACUCCGGGGGAAAUGGUGAGUCCUCCGACCUCCCUCCCAACCAGUCCCAUCAUUCCAACCAGUGGUACCAUAGAGCAGCACCCCCCACCCUCCUCUGAGCCAGCAGCGCCAGUAGUGAUGAUGGCCACUCAUGAGCCCAGUGCCGACCUGGCGCCCAAGAAGAAGCCCAGGAAGUCCAGCAUGCCUGUGAAGAUCGAGAAGGAAAUUAUCGACACCGCCGAUGAGUUUGACGAUGACGAUGACGACCCCAACGACAGCGGGGCCGUGGUCAACGAUGGGGGCCAUGACAAUCACUGCCACUCCCAGGAGGAGAUGAGUCCGGGCAUGUUGGUGAAGGACUUUUCUAAGCAUAGCAGGACCCGGUGCAUUUCAAGGACAGAAAUAAGAAGGGCUGACAGCAUGACUUCUGAGGACCAAGAACCUGAGCGGGACUAUGAGAAUGAGUCUGAGUCUUCGGAGCCCAAACUCGGUGAGGAAUCCAUGGAGGGGGAUGAGCACAUGCAUGGUGAGGUGAGCGAGAAAGUCCUGAUGAGCAGUGAGAGGCCAGACGAGAACCACAGUGAGCCCUCUCACCAGGAUGUCAUCAAGGUGAAGGAGGAGUUUACAGAUCCCACUUACGACAUGUUUUACAUGAGCCAGUAUGGACUGUACAACGGCGGGGGUGCCAGCAUGGCAGCCCUGCACGAGAGUUUUACAUCGUCUCUGAAUUACGGCAGCCCUCAGAAGUUCUCCCCAGAAGGGGACCUGUGUUCUAGCCCAGACCCUAAAAUCUGUUAUGUGUGCAAGAAGAGUUUCAAAAGCUCCUACAGCGUGAAGCUUCACUACAGAAACGUUCACUUGAAAGAGAUGCAUGUCUGCACGGUGGCUGGCUGCAACGCUGCCUUCCCCUCUCGCCGAAGCAGAGACAGACACAGUGCCAACAUAAAUCUGCAUCGUAAACUGUUGACCAAAGAACUCGAUGACAUGGGCCUGGACUCAUCACAGCCCUCCCUUAGCAAGGACCUCCGGGAUGAAUUUUUGAUGAAGAUCUAUGGUGCCCAGCACCCCCUGGGGCUCGACAUCAGGGAAGACGCCUCCUCUCCCGCGGGGACGGAAGACUCCCACCUGAACGGGUAUGGGAGGGGCAUGGCGGAGGACUACAUGGUCCUGGACCUGAGCACCACCUCCAGCCUCCAGUCCAGCAGCAGCAUCCAUUCCUCCAGAGAAUCCGAUGCCGGCAGCGAUGAGGGGAUUCUCCUGGACGACAUUGACGGGGCGAGUGACAGCGGGGAGUCGGCGCACAAGGCUGAGGCCCCCACCCUCCCUGGCGGCCUCGGGGCUGACGUUUCAGGGUCUCUGAUGUUCAACAGCUUGUCCGGGAGCACUGGUGGGAUCAUGUGUAACAUUUGCCACAAGAUGUACAGCAACAAGGGGACGCUGAGGGUGCACUACAAAACCGUGCAUCUGCGAGAGAUGCACAAGUGCAAAGUCCCCGGUUGCAAUAUGAUGUUUUCCUCUGUGCGAAGCCGGAAUCGGCACAGUCAGAACCCUAACCUCCACAAAAACAUUCCCUUCACUGCAGUAGAUUAG